CUCUUCCCCGAGUUCCCUCCCAUGCACAAAUCACAAUCUCACAAUGCGCUACCUCACUUGCAACACCGACUCCGCAAUCGCCACAUGUAAGCCCAACAAAAGCCCAACAAAGAAAGCCCACCACCGGGUGCGCCACUUCGCCUACUCCGACAUCCUCGCGGCCACCAACCACUUCUCGGCCGAGAACUUCCUGGGCAAAGGCAGCCACGGGAGCGUCUACAAAGCGGCCCUGGACGCCGGCACACUAAUCGCCGCCGUCAAAGUAACGAAACCCUCCAACGAGAUCCAAAUCCUCUCGCAGCUGAAAACGCGGCGUCUCGUAAACCUCAUUGGCUUCUGCAACGACCAAACUAAGAAAGUCAUCGUGGUCGAGUACAUGCCCAACGGUUCGCUCCACGACCUUCUCCACUCAUCGAAAGCGGUCCAACCCCCAAGCUGGACCGCCAGAGCCCGGUUCGCGCUUCAAAUAGCGAAAGCGGUUCGCGCUUUGCACUCGUCCGAACCGCCCGUCAUUCACCGUGACAUUAAAUCCUCCAACGUCCUAAUCGACAAAAACUGGAACGCGCGACUCGCUGACUUCGGCCUCGCGCUCCGAGGACACGUCGCUGAUUUUCAAUUUUUUCCCGUCCCUCCAGCGGGGACGUUAGGCUACCUCGACCCGUGCUACCUUGCGCCGGCGGACUUGACUUUCAAGAGCGACGUCUUCAGCUUCGGCGUUUUGCUCUUCGAGAUCGCCACCGGGAGGCACGCCAUCGACGUCACCCACAGUCCUCCCUCGCUGCUCGAUUGGGCGCUGCCGUUGCUCCGCCAGGGCCAGUAUCACAACAUUUGCGACCCGCGGAUCGGACCUCCGCCGGACAUGGCGGCGUUCCGGAAAAUGGUUACGCUGGCGGCGAGCUGCGUGCGCUCCACGGCGGAGAGGCGGCCGGAGAUGGCGGAGGUGGUGGAGUGCCUCACGGCGGUGAGGAAAUGUUUCCGCACGCCGGUUAUUUGGAAGAGAUUCAAGAGGCGCGUGGUGGCGCGUGGGGAAUUGAACAUUGAAUGGGACAGGAGUGAGGAGGAAGUUGUGACCGUGAGUAGUAGAAACUGUAGAAGGAAUGGGAAGGUAUCUAGUGUAUCGGGUGUAGAGUGUGAGGGUGGACCCGCGAAUCCAGCUGUUAGGUCCAGAUCUGAUGGUUCUGGUUUUUUCGGUGAUGUAAAAAUUAAUAACUCUGGUUUGGCUGGGUUUAGGGUUUAGGGUUCGGAACUAGGAAAGGGAGAGUGGCGGUGACGAGGAUAAAGAGGUCUAGGUCUAUGGGGGGUUUUGAGACAUAACGGUAAUAAUAAUGAUACGGUUGGUUCGACAGAGAUAGCACUGUGCAAGUUGGGUAUUGUGGAUAAGAAGUUGGAGGAGAGGAUGCUUGAGAAACCAUUGGUUUAUUAUUCACAUCGUGGUGAGAAUCAAAAGUAAUUGAGUGUAUUGCGUUCCACAUGAUCCGCGUGGGAAUCUUUGCCGAUUUAUGAAAGAUUCCAAUUAACGUGCGAGGGAAAAGUGAGGUUGUUUGUUAUCAUAUAUCACAAGUUAUUAUUCAUUGGUUGUUGUAUCUUAUAGAUUGUGGAGACUUAAAAAGUUUUUGAUAUGAUUCACCGUAACAAUAUGCAUGUCCCUUGAGUUUUCAUCCGUGUAAAAUGGACGAGCGAUCAAGCCUAUGCGCUGUUUCACCGUUAAAAGCUAAAGUUAUAUACUGUAUACAUCAAAGAUGCGAUCUAACAUGAGGCAACAUAAAUGCGACUACGACCACAAAAUGCCAGCAGAAACAAUGGAGCAUGUCUACACAUGACAGGCAACAAGAAUUAAAGCAUUUAUAGCAAGAUUGAUGAACUUGUGGCAAAAAAAUAAAAAACUUGUGGUUGUUACACAGUAACUGUAGAGAGUCGUGAGUGUUUGGAUGUUAUCUCUUGUUCCUUUGUCUUGGGCUGUUAUGGGGUACGUGGUAGCUCGAACUAUGUGCAUUGAAUGCAUUUUGGAUUCUUAUGGACCGCCCCAAGGGAAGAGGUAACAAAGUUUUGGUAAGCUUUUAUUUUUUGGGUCUCUGAGGUGAAGAUAAACAGUGGAGUUUCAAUUAAUAUUGCACGAGGUUUUGGUGCAUUUGUCAACUUUUUGUGUUAGAUUGUCUAACUACCCGUACUUAUUAAUUACUGAAAUCGAAGGAUGUCUGUGUUCCAUGUAUAUCAACAUUUACUGAAUGUUAACCACCGAGAAUACAAGCUUCGGAGACGAUAUUGUAUAUGCACAAGCGCAAGACAACGAUCUCUUCAUUAAUUCCAGUGUAACUUUAAGGAUAAGGAGGCAAAUUCUAGGGUGGAGAAUCGCAACAAAUUGUACAUAGGUGUACCAUUACACAUUCCUUAGAUAUAUUAUAUUGUCUUGAUGAUCAAUAGUGAAAGUUUUAAUAGGGAUAAGAAUGAUUCAACUUGAGUUCUUAUUUAUUUAUCCAACUUGAUUUCCAAUACUAAAAUUA